AUGCUGAACGGAUCACAGGCUCAGAAUGCAUUGUCGCUGUUCAAGAUCAGAGUGGUGGGAGGGUCUGCCUCCUACAGCUACCUGUCCCCACAAGAUGGACGCCCUCUCUUCCACCCUGCCGUGGACAGUGUCCUGCAGCUGGCCCCAGACGACGCAUGGAAGUGUCCCCACUGUAAGCAGCUCCAGCAGGGCAUGGUGAAGAUGUCCCUGUGGACCCUCCCCGACAUCCUCAUCCUCCACCUCAAACGCUUCCGACAGGUGGGCGAGCGGCGCAACAAGCUGUCCACCCAGGUGCGCUUCCCCCUGGCCGGGUUGGACAUGGCCCCCCACGUGGUGAAGAGGUCCCAGAGCAUGAGGAACCUGGGGGACCUGGGACCCUGGCCCCCCACAUGGAAACAGCCUGAAGACAGCAGUCAUCAUAUUAGUCACCCAGACAUGGCCCUGCCUCCUGACUUCCUCUAUGACCUCUAUGCAGUGUGUAACCACCAUGGUGGGAUGCACGGCGGACAUUACACAGCGUACUGCAGGAACUCAGUGGACGGUCAGUGGUACAGCUAUGACGACAGCAGUGUGGACCUGGUGCCUGAGGAGGAGGUGUGUACCAGGGGGGCCUACAUACUGUUCUACCAGAGACGUAACGUCAUUCCCCCCUGGUCCGCCAGCAGCUCAAUCAGAGGCUCCACCAGUUCCUCCAUGUCGGACCACUGGCUGGUCCGUCUGAAUGGGGACAGUAAGAGGGGUAGUUUGGUGUCCCGCUCCUCCACCACCUGCCCCUCCUCUGUCCCCGACUCCCCAGAAUCCCCGGUCUUCCUUGAUGACCCGCCCAGAGAGGAGGAAGGUGAGGGGCCUGGGAAACAUGAGAUGCAUGGUAAACCAAAGAAAGGUGGUUUUGAGACCAGGCCGUUUGUACGGGGAAUCCAGGGUCGUAGCGUCAGCAUGAGGACCCCCACUAAGAACAAAGAGACACUGAACAAGGUCCUCCCGCUACGCUGGUCGUUCGGCUCCAAGGACCGCCAAAAAACUGCAGCCGAGGCCGCCCCUGCUCCCAUCCCCACCCCUGCCCCUGUGGAACUGGUGGAGUACCUAGAGUCUGGAAGAAGACCUCGCUGCACCAAGGACUCUAUAGUCAAUUUAAUGACGGGCUCUGAGAGGCAGAAGGGUCCUGCCAUCAGCUCCCCCAGUGUGGGAAGCAGCCUGAACUGCAUGGGACAACCAGAGUCUCUGCAGAUGCCAGAGGGCCAGAGAAGACCAGUCACAGACAAGACAGGGAGUCUGAGACGAAGUAGCAAAGGGUCCCAGCAGCAGCAGAGAGACCAGGGGGAUCAGAGAGACCAGAGGGACGAGGGUAGGAUGGGCAGUAGUAGUAGUACUAACACUCUGACCAGGAGGAGUACCAAGAAGAGUAAGGAGAAGGACCAGGGAAAGCCCCAAGAGGCCCCGUCUAGGAGGGGGUCUAGUGCAGGCGUCCAGUCCAGCUCCAGCACCCACAGCCUCAGGGACAGAGACUGGGAAGGCACCCUGAGGAGAGGGGCCAAGGGCCWCCAGGRCCCACCACCARGGGACYRUCUGGYACCACCCGAGGGAGAAAAGASMAGGAARGGUGAGAAGGUAGAGGAGGCCUCCAAGAGCCACGAGGGGCUKCUGUCUUUCUUCAAGAGCAACUUCAAGAAGAAGGACAAGGAGUYGUCAUCUUCUCGCAAGUSCGACUCUGGAAAAGUUGGCGACGUCRGCGGGUCCAGCACCUCYCGGCUGUCCCUGUCCAGUGGAGCCCCAGGMGGGGCCACGAAGACGGGRGAGGSGAAAUCCAAYGGAGCCCCCCGCAACGGGGGWGCCAAUCGUCUCGGAGACGAGCUACCCAACGGUAAAGCCAGACGCGCCGCUGCUGCCGAUAUCAAACGCUCUCAGAGCUCAUCCAACAUCCCCAGCAAGGAGGAAUCUAGCAUGCGAAGGACCGCCUCUUUACACCGUAAAGGGCUGUCCCAUGGCGUGGCUCCGCCCCCUCGCAGCCUCACAGCCGAGAAGCCCUCCUACGGUACCCUGCAGAAGACUCGCUAUAGUACCAACUCACUGGGACGCAAGAGGGCGGUCCCCGAGUCCAGCUUUUAG